AUAUAUUAUGUGUGGCAACACCGUUUAAGAUCACGAAAAAAGUUGUGCGGCUCUUGUUCAUGUCUCAUGCAUGUUGAUCUCUGGUAAUUUAUUUCUAUAGUUUCAAAUAUUCGCCUUGGUUAGGUUUUAUAUUUGUUGAAUAAAGCAGUGUUUGCAAAAAGGAUUUCUAAAAAAAUAACAAAAUGGUGUCACUAAAUCCAAUCAGAAUACUGAAGAAUGAGGCUGAAGAAGAAAAAGCAGAGAUUGCUCGAAUGUCUAGCUUUAUUGGAGCUAUAGCUAUUGGAGAUCUUGUAAAAAGUACUCUGGGCCCAAAGGGUAUGGAUAAGAUUUUAGUAUCUAGUGGCAGAAAUGCUGGCCAGGUUGAAGUAACAAAUGAUGGUGCUACUAUAUUGAAAUCUAUUGGAAUUGACAAUCCUGCUGCAAAAAUUUUAGUUGACAUGUCAAAAGUUCAAGAUGAUGAAGUUGGUGAUGGCACAACAUCGGUUACUGUAUUAGCUGCUGAAUUGCUGCGGGAGGCGGAAAAGUUGAUUGAGCAGAAGCUUCAUCCACAGACAAUAAUUGCUGGCUGGCGCAUUGCUAGUGCGGCUGCAAAGCAAGCACUUGCCGAAGCCAGUUAUGAUCACACAACAAAUAUGAAUGAGGCUUCUUUACGUGCUGAUCUUGAAAAAAUUGCUCGCACAACACUGAGCUCUAAGAUUCUGUCAAAUCACAAAGAGCAUUUUACAAAGUUGGCAGUUGAUGCAGUACUUCGUCUCAAAGGUUCUGGCAACCUUAAAGCUAUACAGAUUAUGAAGAUCAGUGGAGGUCUGUUGGAAGAAUCUUUCCUAGAUGAAGGUUUUCUUCUGAAUAAAAAGGUUGGAGUGCAUCAGCCAAAGCGAAUUGAAAAUGCAAACAUUCUUAUAGCCAAUACACCAAUGGACACCGAUAAAAUCAAAAUAUUUGGAUCUGUCAUUAAGGUGGAUUCUAUGGCUAAAAUUGCAGAGUUAGAAGUUGCUGAGAAAGAAAAGAUGAAGGAUAAAGUUAAUAAAAUUUUGGCUCACAAAUGUAAUGUAUUUAUCAACAGGCAACUUAUUUACAAUUACCCUGAACAAUUGUUUGCUGAUGCGGGUGUGAUGGCGAUUGAACAUGCAGACUUUGACGGCAUUGAGCGCUUAGCUCUCGUCACCGGUGGUGAAAUUGUUUCCACAUUUGAUACACCCGAGAAAGUCAAACUUGGACAUUGCAAACUUAUUGAGCAGGUGCUUAUCGGUGACGAGAGCCUAAUCCGGUUCUCUGGUGUGGAGCUGGGGUCUGCCUGCACCGUGGUCAUCCGCGGGGCCACACAGCAGGUCAUUGACGAGGCGGAGCGCUCUUUGCACGAUGCCCUCUGCGUGCUCGCUGCCACCGUCAGGGAACCAAAGGUCAUCUUCGGUGGUGGUGCAAGUGAGAUGUUGAUGGCGGAGGCCGCAUCGAAGGCGGCGUCGCGUACUGCGGGUAAGGAGGCUAUCGCUGCGGAGGCUUUCGCGGUGGCGCUGCGCCGUCUGCCCUCCGCCGUAGCUGAUAAUGCGGGCUACGACAGUGCCGACCUCAUCGCACGUCUCCGCGCACAUCACGCACAAGGAGAGAACACCAUGGGACUCGACAUGGAGAACGGAUGCGUGGGUGACAUGAAAGCGUUGGGUAUAACUGAGUCGUACGUGGUGAAGCGGCAAGUUCUGCUGUCGGCUGCUGAAGCUGCAGAGAUGAUCCUGCGCGUAGACAACAUACUGAAGUCAGCGCCGCGCCGCCGUGGUCCAGACCGCCGUCCUUGCUAACUCCUCACCACCAUCACCUCAUUGUUAAACAAUAUCUGCUACAUGUUAACAACUACCAGUCUUACUUACCAGUUAUCAUUUAAAUUGUUUAAAUGUUCCUACGUUCUAGUGUUUCGGAUGUCCAUGGG